AUGGGUUAUCUUGCCCCGGAGUGGCUUAGCGGAGUUGCUAUCACACCGAAAGUCGAUGUUUAUGCCUUCGGCAUGGUGUUGUUGGAAAUCAUAUCAGGAAGGAGGAAUUCAGCACAUGAAACUUCAUACAACACCAGCACCAAUAGUAGUAACCAGCAUGUUGAAUAUUUCCCCAUUCAAGCCAUCAACAAGCUUCAUAGCGGCGAUGUAAAGAGUUUGGUGGAUCCACGGCUAAACGGUGAAUUCAGUUUGGAAGAAGCUGAAAGGGUUUGCAAAGUUGCUUGUUGGUGCAUCCAAGAUAAUGAGUUUGAUCGGCCGACGAUGGGUGAAGUGGUCCGGGUUCUAGAGGGUCUACAGGAGAUUGAUGCGCCCUCAAUGCCAAGACUACUUGCAGCUAUCACAAGACAAUCUGGUGUUGCAAUGUAA